UCGCCCUGCAGCUCCGGGGACCUGCAGACAUGGGUUCCCUGUGGAGCUGGUGGACCCUCUGGGCCGGAGCAACCCUCCUGUGCGGGUUGACCCAGGAGGCCUCAGUGGACCCUCAACGGGACACUGAGGGGAAGGAAUUCCUCACGGCCUUCCUGCAGAACUACCAGCCGGGGUACAGCAAGUCCUACCUCUACCUCCUUCUCUCCAGCCUGUCGGACAGCCCGGCCUCAGUCUCCAUCCUCAGCCAGGCAGACAGCACCUCGCAGAAUGUCACAGUGAGGCCCGGGGAGUCAGUCAUCGUCAACAUUAGCGCCAAGGCUGAGAUGGUUGGCAGCAAAGUCUUCAAGCACGCGGUGGUGGUCCACUCUGACCGCACCAUCUCCGUGCAGGCCGUAAACUUUAAGCCCAACACAGUGGAGGUGACGAGGUUGCAGCCUGUCCGUGCCCUGGGCACCGAGUACUUUGUGCUCACACCGCCCGGCACCUCAGCUCAGAAUCUCAAAGAGUUUGCUGUGGUGGCUGGUGCAGCGGGGGCCUCCGUCAGUGUGCAGCUGAAGGGGGCAGUGACAUUCCAGGGCAAGAUCUACGCAGCGGGCAGCGUCCUGAGUGUGACUCUGGAGUCCUACCAGGUAGCCCAGGUACAGAGCACGGUUGAUCUCUCAGGGUCAAAGGUCACAGCCAGUAGCCCCGUGGCUGUCAUCUCCGGCCACAGCUGUGUCCAGAAACACACGAACUGCGACCACGUGGUGGAGCAGCUGCUACCCACGUCCGCCUGGGGCACUCAGUAUGUGGUGCCCACUCUGGCCUCCCAGGCCCGCUUCGAUCUGGCCUAUGUCGUGGCCAGCCAGACCACGAAGCUGACCUACAACCACGGGGGCACCCCUGGCUCCCGUGCGCUCCAGGCGGGUGACUCUGUAGAGUUUGAGAUCCGGCCAACCCAGCCGCUCUACCUGUCUGCAGAUGUGGGUAUCCAGGUCGUGCUGUUUGGCACAGGUGCCACAAAGGGGGCAGUGACCUAUGACCCCUACCUGGUCCUGGUCCCAGACGUGGCGGCCUACUGCCCUGCCUAUGUGAUCAAGAGCAUACCAGGCUCUGAGGGUGUGGCCCUGGUAGUGGCACAGACGAAGGCUGCUGACGAGGUGACCGUCGAUGGGCACAGGCUGGGGCCCAGUGUCGUCUGGACAGCUGUACCAGGCACUGAGUUCUCGUACGCCGAAGUGGACCUCGGCACUGCUGACGUGACCCACACGGCCGAGGCCGCCACCAACUUCGGGCUGCUCAUCUUCGGGCUGGGCCCAGCUGUGGGCUACGGAACAACAGCUGCCUGUGGCCAUACCCUGGUGAAGGCGCCGGAGCCCUCCUGCGAAGAUGUGCAGUGCUCUCUGAGGCAGGUCUGCCAGGUGGCGGGUGGGCAGGCCAAGUGCGUGACGGUCCCCGUGGGCACCUGCCGCGCCCAGGGUGACCCCCAUUACACCACCUUCGACGGCCGUCGCUACGACAUGAUGGGCACGUGCACGUACACGAUGGCAGAGCUGUGCAGCGAGGACCAGACCCUGCCCGCCUUCAGCGUGGAGGCCAAGAACGAGCACCGGGGCAGCCGCCGCGUCUCCUACGUGGGCUUCGUGACCGUGCGCGCCUACAGCCACUCGGUGGCGCUGGCCCGCGGGGAGGUUGGCUUCGCCCGGAUUGACAACCAGCGCUCGCGCCUGCCCGUCUCCCUGGCCAACGGUCGCUUCCGAGUGUACCAGAGCGGGAGACAGGCCGUGGUGGAGCUGGACUUUGGGCUGGUGGUCACCUACGACUGGGACUCCCAGCUGGCCGUGAGCCUGCCCCAGCGCUUCCAAGCCCAGGUGUGCGGACUGUGUGGCAACUACAAUGGCAACCCCACCGAUGACUUCCUCACGCCUGACGGGGAGCAGGCUCCUAACGUCGUGGAGCUUGCCAGUAGCUGGAAGCUGGACGACGGGGACUACCUGUGUGAGGACGGCUGCCAGGACGACUGUCCCUCCUGCACCCCAGGCCAGGCCCAGCACUAUGAGGCUCAAUCUCUCUGCGGCCUGCUGACUCUCUCCAACGGGCCCUUUGCCGCCUGCCAUGACGCCCUAGCCCCCCAGGCCUUCCUGGAGGAGUGUGUCUACGACCUGUGUGUGUUCAAUGGGGACCGAGCCAGCCUCUGCCGGAGCCUCAGCACCUACGCCCAGGCCUGUCUGGAGUUUGGCAUCUCUGUCGGGAACUGGAGGCUGCCAGCCAACUGCCCCCUGUCCUGCCCCGCCAACAGCCGGUACGAGCUCUGCGGCCCGGCCUGCCCGGCCUCCUGCAACCCCGAGGCGGCGCCGGCCAACUGCUCCGGGCGCCCGUGCGUCGAGGGCUGCGCGUGCCUCCCGGGCUUCGUGGCCAGCGGCGGCGCCUGCGUGGCGGCCUCGUCGUGCGGCUGCGUCUACGAGGGCCGCCCGCUCGCAGCCGGCCAGGCGGUGUGGGCGGACGAGCGCUGCCGGCGGCGCUGCACCUGCGACGGCGCCACCCGGCAGGUGCGCUGCAGCGACACGCAGGGCUGCCCGACGGGCGAGCGCUGCGGCGUCCAGAACGGCCUGCAGGGCUGCUACCCCGACCGCUUCGGGAGCUGCCAGGGCUCCGGGGACCCGCACUACGUGAGCUUCGACGGCCGGCGCUUCGACUUCAUGGGCACCUGCGCGUACCUGCUGACCGGCUCGUGCGGCCAGGCCGAAGCGCUGCCCGCCUUUCGGGUGCUGGUGGAGAACGAGCAUCGCGGCAGCCAGACCGUGAGCUACACGCGCGCCGUCAUCGUGGAGGCCCGCGGCGUGAAGGUGGCCACACGCCGGCAGUACCCGGGGCAAGUGCUGGUGGACGGCGUCCUUCAGUACCUGCCCUUCCAGGCGGCAGAUGGCCAGGUGCAGGUCUUCCGCCAGGGCCAAAAGGCCGUUGUGAGCACGGACUUUGGCCUGACUGUCACCUACAACUGGGACGCCCACGUGACUGUCAAGGUGCCCGAGAGCUAUGCUGGGGCCCUGUGCGGGCUCUGCGGGAACUUCAACGGGGACUCAAGUGACGACCUGGCUCUGCGGGGCGGGGGCCAAGCUGCCAAUGCUCUGGCCUUCGGGAAAAGCUGGCAGGAGGAGACGAGGCCGGGCUGCGGAGCCCCGGAGCCGGGCAACUGUCCCAAGCUGGACUCCCUGGUGGCCCAGCAGCUGCAGAGCAAGAAGGAGUGUGGCAUCCUCGCCGACCCUGAGGGGCCCUUCCGGGAGUGCCACGACACACUGGACCCACAGGGUGCCGUUCGCGACUGCGCCUACGACCGCUGCCUGCUGCAGGGCCAGACGGAGCCUCUGUGUGACGCACUGGCCACCUAUGCUGCUGCGUGCCAGGCUGCCGGGGCCACCGUGCACCCCUGGCGGAGUGAGGAACUUUGCCCGCUGGGCUGCCCAGCCCACAGUCACUACGAGGCGUGUUCCUACGGCUGCCCGCUGUCCUGCGGAGACCUCCCCGUGCCCAGGGGCUGCGGCUCCGACUGCCACGAGGGCUGCGUGUGCGACGAGGGCUUCGUGCUCAGCGGUGAGUCCUGCGUGCCCCUGUCCUCCUGCGGCUGCGUAUACGAGGGUGCCUACCACCCACCAGGCCAGACCUUCUACCCCGGCCCGGACUGCAAUUCCCUCUGCCACUGCCAGGAGGAUGGCCUGGUGUCCUGUGAGUCCUCCUCCUGCGGCCCGCACGAGGCCUGCCAGCCGUCCAAUGGCGUCCUGGGCUGUGUGGCUGUGGGCUCUGCCACCUGCCAGGCGUCAGGAGACCCCCAUUACACCACAUUCGACGGCAAACGCUUCGACUUCAUGGGCACCUGCGUGUACGCGCUGGCGCAGACCUGCGGGACCCGGCCUGGCCUGCACCAGUUUGCCGUCCUGCAGGAGAAUGCACCCUGGGGCAAUGGGAAAGUCAGCGUGACCAGGGCCAUCAGUGUCCAGGUGGCUAACUUCACCCUACAGCUGGAGCAGAGUCAGUGGAAGGUCACGGUGAACGGUGUGGACAUGAAGCUGCCCGUGGUGCUGGACCAGGACCUGGUCCGCGCCUUCCAGCAUGGCUCUGAUGUCGUGAUCGAGACCGACUUUGGCCUGCGUGUGGCCUAUGAUCUCUCGUACAACGUGCGGGUCACCGUCCCAGGCAACUACCACGGGCAGCUGUGUGGCCUGUGCGGGAACUACGACGGCGACCCCAAGGACGACUUCCAGAAGCCCGACGGCUCGCAGGCAGGCAGUCCCAACGAGUUCGGCAAUUCCUGGGAGGAGGUGGUGCCCGGCUCUCCCUGCCAGCCACAGCCCACCUGCCCGCCGGGCGACAAGGACUGCAGCCCAGUCCCGGAGUGUAAGCCAGAGCUGCAGGAGAAGUACGAGCAGGAGAAGUUCUGUGGGCUCCUCACCAGCCCCACGGGGCCGCUGGCCGCCUGCCACAAGCUGCUGGAUCCCCAGGGUCCCUUGGAAAACUGUGUCUUUGAUCUCUGCGUGGGUGGUGGGAACGAGAGCAUCCUCUGCAACAACAUUCACGCCUAUGUGAGCGCCUGCCAGGCAGCUGGAGGCCACGUCGAGUCCUGGAGGACCAAAUCUUUCUGUCCAUUGCAGUGCCCCCCCAACAGCCACUACGAGAUCUGCGCAGACACCUGCUCCCUGGGCUGCGCUGCACUCAGCGCCCCCUCGCAGUGCCCGGACAGCUGUGCCGAGGGCUGCCAGUGUGACUCUGGCUUCCUCAAUGAUGGCCAAGCCUGCGUGCCCAUCCAGGAAUGCGGCUGCUACCACGACGGUGCCUACUACGAGCCGGAGCAGACGGUACUCAUCGACAGCUGCCGGCAGCAGUGCGUGUGCCACGCUGGAAAAGGCCUGGUGUGCCAGGACCACAGCUGCAAGCAGGGGCAGCUGUGCCAGCCCUCCGGAGGCGUCCUGAGCUGUGUCACCAAAGACCCCUGCCACGGUGUGACAUGUCGGCCACAGGAGAAGUGCCAGGAGAAGUGUGGCCAGGCCGUUUGCGUGCCCAACUACGAGGCCACGUGCUGGCUGUGGGGCGACCCACACUACCACUCCUUCGACGGCCGGGACUUCGAUUUCCAGGGCACCUGCAACUACGUGCUGGCGACCACCAAAUGCCCUGGGCUCAGCGCCCAGGGCCUGCCACCCUUCACUGUCACCACCAAGAAUGAGAACCGGGGCAACCCCACUGUGUCCUAUGUGAGGCUCGUCACCGUCACUACCCUCGGCACCAACAUCUCCAUCCACAAGGGCGAGACUGGCAAAGUCCGGGUGAACGGUGUGCUGACAGCAUUGCCUGUCUCUGUGGCCGGUGGGCGGCUUUCAGUGAUCCAAGGCGCAUCAAAAGCGGUGCUGACAGCCGACUUCGGGUUGAAGGUCACCUACGACUGGGAUUGGCGAGUGGAGGUGACGCUGCCCAGUAGCUAUGACAGCGCAGUGUGUGGGCUCUGCGGGAACAUGGACCGAAACCCCAGCAACGACCAAGCCUUUCCUAACGGCACACUGGCUCUCUCGACCCCGGUCUGGGGUGGCAGCUGGCGAGUCCCAGGCUGGGACCCACUGUGCUGGGACGAAUGUCACGGGUCCUGCCCAACAUGCCCCGAGGACAAGCUGGAGGAGUACGGGGGUCCUGGCUUCUGUGGACCCCUGGCCUCUGGCUCGGGAGGCCCCUUCGCCACCUGCCAUGCCUACGUGGCUCCCGAUAGCUUCUUCAAGGGCUGCGUUCUGGAUGUCUGCCUGGGUGGUGGGGCCCGCAACAUCCUUUGCCAGGCUCUGGCUGCCUAUGCUGCCACCUGCCAGGCUGCUGAGGUCGCCAUCAAGGACUGGAGAAAGCAGACCGGCUGUGAGAUCCCCUGCCCUGACAACAGCCACUAUGAGCUCUGUGGCCCGCCUUGCCCGGCCAGCUGCCCAUCCCCUGCAUCCCCCACCACCACAGCCACAUGUGACGGCCCCUGCGCCGAGGGCUGCCGUUGUGACUCUGGCUUCGUAUUCAGUGCCAACCGCUGCGUUCCCCUGGAUGGCGGCUGCGGCUGCUGGACCAACAACACCUACCAUGAGGCAGGCAGCGAGUUCUGGGCUGACGGCACCUGCUCCCAGUGGUGCCGCUGCGGGCCUGGGGGUGGCUCACUGGUCUGCGAGGCUGCCAGCUGCGGGCUAGGCGAAGAGUGUGCCCUGCUAUCCUCGGGCCAGUACGGCUGCCAACCUGUCAGCACGGCUGAGUGUCAGGCCUGGGGUGACCCCCAUUACAUCACCCUGGACGGGAACCGAUUCGACUUCCAAGGCACCUGCGAGUACCUGCUGAGCGCGCCCUGCAAUGCAACAUCCACGGGAGUUGAGAGCUUCACAGUCACUGUAACCAAUGAGCACCGGGGCAGCCAGGCUGUCAGCUACACCCGCAGCGUCACCCUGCACCUGUACAACCACAGCCUGACCCUCAGUGCCCAGUGGCCCCGGCAGCUGCAGGUGGACAGCGAGUUCGUGGCGCUGCCCUUCCAGCUGGACUCGCGCCUGAGCGCGUACGUGAGCGGCGCCGAUGUAGUGGUGACCACGGCCGCCGGGCUCUCGCUGGCUUUCGACGGGGACAGCAACGUGCGCCUGCGCGUGCCGGCGGCGUACGCGGACGCCCUCUGUGGCCUGUGCGGGAACUACAACCGGGACCCGGCAGACGACCUAAAGGCGGUGGGCGGGGACCCGAGCCGCUGGCAGGUGGGCGGCGCCGCGGGCUGCGGGGAGUGCGUGCCCGCGCCGUGCCCGGAGCCUUGCACGCCCGAGGAGCAGAAGCCCUUCGGAGGCCCGGACGCCUGCGGCGUGAUCUCGGCCACUGACGGCGUGCUGGCGCCCUGCCACGCCCUGGUACCGCCCGCGCAGUACUUCCAGGGCUGCUUGCUGGACGCCUGCCAGGCUCAGGGCCAUCCCGGAGGCUUCUGUCCCGCCCUGGCCGCCUACGUGGCAGCCUGCCAGGCCGCUGGGGCCCAGCUCGGCGAGUGGAGGCGGCCGGACUUCUGUCCCGUCCUGUGCCCUGCCAACAGCCACUACGAGCUCUGCGGGAACUCCUGCCCUGUGAGCUGCCCGAGCCUCUCGGCACCCGAGGGCUGUGAGCCGACCUGCCGUGAGGGCUGCGUCUGCGACGCCGGCUUCGUGCUCAGUGGUGCCACCUGCGUGCCAGUGGGCCAGUGCGGCUGCCUCUACAACGGCCGCUACUACCCGCUGGGCGAGGCCUUCUACCCAGGCCCUGAGUGCGAGCAUCGCUGUGAGUGCGGGCCGGGCGGCCAAGUCAGCUGCCAGGAGGGCGCGGCCUGCGGGCCCUACGAGGAGUGCCGGCUAGAGGAUGGUGUCCAGGCCUGUCAUCCUACUGGCUGUGGCCACUGCCUGGUCAAUGGGGGCAUCCACUACGUCACGCUUGAUGGACGUGUCUAUGACCUGCAUGGCUCCUGCUCCUAUGUCUUGGCCAAAGUCUGCCACCCGCAGCCUGAGGACGAGGACUUUGCCAUCGUGCUUGAGAAGAAUGAGGCCGGAGACCCCCGACGCCUGCUAGUUACUGUGGCUGGUCAGGUUGUGGGCCUGGCUCAGGGGCUGCAGGUCACUCUGGACGACGAGGUCGUGGCCCUGCCUGUGGCUGUGGGCCAUGUGCGGGUGACCACUGAGGGCCGGAACGUGGUUCUGCAGACGACCAAGGGGCUGCGGCUUCUCUUUGACGGCGAUGCCCACAUCCUCAUAUCCAUCCCCAGCCCCUUCCAUGGCCGGAUCUGUGGCCUCUGUGGGAACUUCAACGGCAACUGGAGCGAUGACUUCGUCCUGCCCGAUGGCUCCGCGGCCGCCAGCGUGGAGGCCUUUGGGGCCGCGUGGCGGGGAGCCGGCUCCUCCGAGGGCUGCAGCGAGGGUUGCGGGGCCCAGGGCUGCCCCGUGUGCUCGGCAGAGGCCUCAGCGCCCUAUGAGAGCACCGAGGCCUGCGGGCGGCUCCGGGACCCCCAGGGCGCCUUCGCGGCCUGCCACGGGGUGCUGAGCCCCUCCGAGUACUUCCGCCAGUGCGUGUCCGACCUGUGCGCCCACAAGGGCAGCAGCGCCUUCCUGUGCCGCAGCCUGGCGGCCUACACGGCGGCCUGCCAGGCGGCCGGCGGGGCCGUGAAGGCCUGGAGGACAGACAGCUUCUGCCCGCUCCAGUGCCCUGCCCACAGCCACUACUCCCUCUGCACGCACUCCUGCCAGGGCUCCUGUGCCGCUCUCUCCGGCCUCACGGGCUGCACCACCCGCUGCUUUGAGGGCUGUGAGUGCGACGACCGCUUCCUGCUCUCCGAUGGUGUCUGUAUCCCCGUCCGAGACUGCGGCUGCACCCAUGAUGGCCGAUACUUGCCGGUGAACUCCUCCCUGCUGAGCUCAGACUGCAGCGAGAGCUGUUCCUGUUCCUCCAGCACCGGCCUGACAUGCCAGGCAACCAGCUGCCCGCAAGGCCGCGUUUGUGAGAUUCAGGCCGGGGUCCGGGACUGCUGGGUCCCCAAGGGUGUCUGUUCUCUCUCUGUGGAUGCCAACCUCACCACCUUCGAUGGGGUCCACGGUGCCAUCAGCGACUCUGGCGUCUAUGAGCUGUCUUCCCACUGCCCAGGACUACAGGACACCGUCCCCUGGUACCGUGUGGUCGCUGGCAUCUGGGCCUGCCAUGGCAAAGCUGCAGCUGUGGGCCAGGUCCACAUCUUCUUCCAGGACGGGCUGGUGACUGUGACCCCAACCAAGGGCGUGUGGGUGAAUGGUCUCCAAGUGGAUCUCCCAGUCGAGGUGUUAACAUCUGUGUCCGUGAGUCAGAAUCCCGAUGGCUCCGUGCUAGUCCAUCAGAAUGCAGGAGUCCGAGUGUGGCUUGGCACUGAUGGGCAGCUGGCUGUGAUGGUCAGCGAUGAGCAUGCUGGGAAACUGUGUGGGGCCUGCGGAAACUUUGAUGGGGACCAGACCAAUGACUCCCAGGGGAAGAUAACACUGGAGAGCUGGAGAGCGCAGGACUUCUCACCAUGUCACAACUGAUCAGUCAUCCACUGGGAAUGAAGACUUCAAGACCUGAUCCCCCUGGAGGCUGCAAUAACUGAAGGAUGCACUAUGUCACUGUGUGUCCCUACUCUGCUCUACCCCUUGGCUGAGCCACUGAGGCCAACUGUGAGAGCACUGAAUAAAUAUCUUAAGCUAAGCAA